GCUGCAGAUGCUUGAUGCCAUCCGCUACAUGGUCGUCUACAACCCCAUCCUAUUCCUCAUAUUCAGCCUGUUCGCGCAUCUCGCGCCCCACCACACCAUCCACCGACACAUUGCCGUCGCGACCGGCCUCGCCGCGUCGCCGGCCGCAGCGGCGAGCGGGGUCGCCGGCAUGCCGCCGGCGGUGGCGGCGGCGGCGGCGCACGGUUUGUAA